UGUGUGUGUGUUUAAAUUAUUUCCAAAUGAACUCAACAGUACAAACCAAUCAAGUCAAUCAAGUUGACAUGAAACCCAAAAUGCAGGUUUUCAUUCAACACUGUGAAAAUAGGAUUUCAUCCAGUAGGGGUCGCUGCAGCCCCACUUGCUUUGCAGUAACCGCUGUUCCUGCACCUACCAACAGGGGUCGCUGCUUCCCAGCAGCUCGUUAUCUCAUCGGCAGACUGGUGGUAGAAGGCAGCGUCAACUGGCGGAGUGGACUCGCUCAGUUUAACUAGUAAUCUUCUCCGCUAUGGUCUUGACCAAAUCAUCGACAGAGCGUCCCAUUUCCCACAGGGAGACAAACUUUGACGGCUAAAAACAAACCAUGGUUCCGGGCGCAGUUAGCCCGCUGUUAUAGGCGACACUGCGGAGGAGAAAGUAACGAGCACACAGAAAAGCCACAAAGAAGAAGCAGAUUACGUUUUUUCACACUCUGGAAGGAAAGACGGCGGCAUCCGGCCUGAAAAGAAGCUCCGAGGUCGGGGACCUCGGUCGGAGCGGAGUUAGUCGCUUCUGGCCUCCCCGUCCCGGCAGCUCCAUGGAGAAGAUGAAGAGAUUCAAGCGGCGUCUCACUCAGACUCUACGAGGCAGCCACACGAUUGACGAGUCGCUGUCUGAGCUGGCCGAGCAGAUAACCAUAGAGGAGAAUGGCCUGAAGGACAGUGAGCCCAUCGUGAAGAAUGGCCGUCCUCCUUCAGCCCACAGUGUCCACUCUUUCCUUCACCAGUACACAGGAUCUUUUAAAAAGCCUCCGAUACGACGGCCGCAGAGCGUCAUCGGAGGAGGUCUGGGCUCGCUGAUGCCUCGAAACAGCAGUCGCCUUGAUAUCGUCCACGAGAAUAUGAAGAUGGGGUCAGACGGGGAGAGCGACCAGGCGUCGGGUACGUCCUCUGACGAGGUGCAGUCGCCUACGGGCGUUUGUCUGAGGAACAAAGGGAACAGACGCAUCUCUGCGGAGGACCUGAACAAACGUCUGUCCCUGCCGGCCGACAUCCGGAUACCUGACGGUUACCUACAGAAGCUGCAGCUGAGCAGCCCCCCCUUCGACCAGCCGCUGAGCCGACGCUCCCGCAGAGCAUCGCUGUCAGAAAUUGGAUUUGGGAAGCUGGAGACUUACGUCAAACUGGACAAACUGGGGGAGGGCACAUACGCAACCGUCUUCAAAGGGAGGAGUAAACUGACGGACAACCUCGUGGCGCUGAAGGAGAUCCGGCUUGAGCACGAGGAGGGGGCUCCAUGCACGGCUAUCAGAGAAGUGUCUCUACUGAAGGACCUGAAACACGCCAACAUUGUAACACUGCACGACAUCGUCCACACGGAUAAGUCGCUCACUCUGGUGUUUGAAUACCUGGACAAAGACCUGAAGCAGUACAUGGACGACUGCGGGAACAUCCUGAGCAUGCAGAAUGUCAAGCUGUUUCUAUACCAGAUCCUCAGAGGUUUGGCUUACUGUCACAGACGGAAAGUUCUCCACAGAGACCUCAAGCCCCAAAAUCUGCUCAUCAACGACAGAGGAGAACUCAAACUGGCUGAUUUUGGCCUGGCAAGGGCCAAGUCCGUGCCCACUAAAACCUACUCUAAUGAGGUGGUAACGCUGUGGUACCGGCCCCCCGACGUGCUGCUGGGCUCCUCCGAGUACUCCACACAGAUAGACAUGUGGGGUGUGGGCUGCAUAUUCUUUGAGAUGGCUGCUGGCAGACCCCUGUUCCCUGGUUCCACAGUGGAGGAUGAGCUGCACCUCAUCUUCAGGCUGUUGGGCACUCCCACUGAAGACACCUGGCCUGGGAUCUCCUCAGUCGACGAGUUCAAGUCCUACAAGUUCCAGAAGUACAAGCCCCAGCCUCUGAUCAAUCACGCUCCCAGGCUGGACAGUGAUGGCAUAUCUCUGCUCAUGUCAUUUCUAAAAUACGAAUCAAAGAAGCGUAUUUCUGCUGAUGAGGCGAUGAGGCACCCGUACUUCAGGAGCCUGGGGCAGCGUGUGCACAUGCUGCCAGAGAACAUGUCCAUAUUUACGCUGAGGGGGUUGCAGCUGCAGAAAGACCCCGGCUACAGGAACUCAUCGUACCCUGAGUCAGGCAACGGGAAGAGCAGAAGACAGAGCAUGCUGUUUUAAAGCUUCUGGACUUUUUUCUGGUGAGAAGGAUCGCUCACCGGCAUGCAGGCGCAUCGGUGACCGGUGACCAUCCACAUCGUGGUGGGGGGGCUCCUCCCAGGCUGGAUUAGCGAUCCUGACUCCAAUAAGAGACGUUUAUAUUCUGUACAUGGAUAUUUAUUGAGAAGAGAAUUUGCUGCUAAAUCCAACUACUGGUUUAGAUUUCUAACUGGCUCAGUCACUUUAAUGAAUACAUGCCAUGUGUAUAGGUUUUAAAGACUGUUUUUGAUUUCUUUUUUGAAGUGGUGUGUGUUUAGUUUUGUCUUUAACGACCACCUCGGCGUUCCUGUGUGUGUGUCUCGGUGCGUGUGAGGCUCACAGCCGGAGGAACGUUUCUGUAGCAGUUCAACGGUGGUCGUUACUAAUCGUCUGUGACCAUUUACUCUGAAGGGUUCACCUUUCACCCCAAAACCGGAUCACUUCUACCCCGAUCGGAGGAUACAAAACAGGAGCGGCGAGGACUGUUGCGGAUUUCUGGAGCCCCAUUCCAGGAUGCCGAGGUCUCGAUCACGCCCGUGAUUUACCAGGCGCGCGCGUUCCUAUUGGGAAUCUGCAUCGCUGCCUUUGUUUUGCAGAUAUCCUACUCCUCUGUGAUUCCCGUUGUCCUGAGUUGUCUCCGUCGUUGUUGCAUGCCUGCUCUGUUGUGUGACGAGUCCUGACCUCGGCGAGUGAGUUCAUUUAACAGUGUUACAUCAUGGUUUUUGUUUUUUUGUAUAACUUUAUUUGUGAAUAACUGUUGUUGGUGUGGGAUUUUUGUCACAAGCGCCCCAUCCCAUACAUGAGUUUUUUCUUUUUCAGAGUAAAAUUAAAUUUAAACAUAAAACAG